AAAAUAAUUUUCAUUUUUUUAUCCCACUUUUUAUACAUGUCUUUAUAUAGACAGAGAUAAUUUAAUCUCUAAUAUAGAUAUAGGAACAUGAGAUUCAGGAUCAACUUCACAAUAAACAAUUCAAUAUCUAUUUGAGACUAAAGUGGCAUUCUGUCGAUUUGUAGUAAAUUUUAUGAAAGUAAAAAAUUUUUGUAUUCUCAGGACGAUAAGGCAGUAAUUUUAUAUAAAUAUUAAACACAUUAGCAUUGAUGUUAUGAAAAAAGUCAAGCAAAAUUAAAAUCAUAAUUUUUCAUUUCAUUGUGUGUUGGUUUCGAAAUUGGUCGGCAGAUAAAAAAUUUAUAGUCAAAAUUAAAUUAAAAUUUUUAGCGAAGUUUUUUCGCUGGCGAAAUUUUUUGUAAAUUAGUUUAUCCAUUUUUUUCGCUUUUAACAUCAAGCGAUCAAAAUGGUUUGGAGUCGUGUAUACCAUGGAAUGCGUAUGGCAUUAUUCCCAGCUGCAAGAACUGGAGUACGCAUUAUGGCUUCAAGAAAUUUUGCGGACAUGGAUUGCGGAAAGGGUACCUUCAAAGGAAUUGUUGUUGGGAUAUAUCAGCGUGAAAAGAAAGGUGACGAUAUAAAAUUCACCCAAAGUGGUGAGAAAUUUAAUGACCGAGUAAAUGGAAAACUAUAUGAUUUAGUUAAAAGCUGCAAGUUGAACGGAAAAGUUGGUCGCGGCAGGGUUUUCAGUAAUAUUGAUACUGAAUAUCGUACAGUUGCUGUAGUGGGAGUCGGUCGUGAAGGCAUAGGGUUUAAUGAGCUCGAAAUGAUUGAUGAAGGAAUGGAAAAUGUCCGUGUUGCUGCUGCAGUUGGUGCUCGCACUCUGCAAGAUCAUGGAAUGAAUGAAGUUCAUCUCGAUACCAUGGAAUAUGCUGAACAAGCAGCAGAAGGGGCUUCUUUAGGUAUUUGGCGAUAUCAGGCAAAUAAAGAUUCGAAAACUCGUCUUGUUAUACCAAAAAUUGAAAUGUAUGAUAGUACUGACGUUGAAGCAUGGACACGUGGAUUGUUCAAGGCCGAAGCACAAAAUCUUGCGCGUCGGUUAAGUGAUGCUCCAGCCAAUCAAAUGACACCAACAACAUUCGCUCAAGCCGCUGUCGAUGCACUCUGCCCAUGCGGUGCCUCAGUUGAGAUAAGAACAAUGGAUUGGAUUGAGCAGCAAAAAAUUAAUUCACUUCUGAUGAUAGCUAAAGGGUCGUGCGAACCACCAAUUAUGAUAGAAGUAAAUUAUUGUGGUACUUCACCUGAAGAUAAGCCAAUUCUAUUGGUUGGGAAAGGCUUGACAUUUAAUAGCGGUGGAAUAAAUUUGCGCCGUUGUAGAGACAUGGAUGAAUUCCGUGGCGCCAUGUCUGGAGCUGCUGUAGUGGUGGCAACAAUGCGAGCCGCAGCAGCUCUCUCUCUACCCAUUAAUUUAACUGCUAUACUUCCGUUGUGUGAAAAUAUGCCAUCUGGUAUGUCAGCGAAACCUGGUGACAUUGUUAGGUUAUUAAAUGGCAAAACAAUGUCUAUUCGAGAUCUUGACAAAGCAGGUGUUGUUAUUUUAGCUGACCCCUUGCUCUUCGGACAAAUUAAUUAUAAACCACGUCUUGUUAUUGAUGUCGCUUCAAUUGGCUAUGGCGUGAAAAAAACUUUAGGCGGUGGAGCAACUGGUAUAUAUUCAAAUUCGCACUAUAUAUGGAAGCAAUUCCAAAAGGCAGGUGCUAUAACAGGCGAUCGAGUGUGGCGUUUUCCAUUAUGGCAUUUUUACAAAAAACUUGUCACUGAAAAUGUGAGUUUUGAUAUAUCCAACAAUGGUGUAGGGCCAGCAUCAUCAUGUCUUGCUGCGGCUAUACUGCAUGAACUGCUGCCUUGCGUUGAUUGGGCACAUUUAGAUACGAGAGGAGUAGGGUUACUAUCGAAGUUUGGAACUAUUCCUUAUUUAGCAAAAGAUCAUAUGACUGGUCGUCCUACUCGUACUAUAGUACAAUUUCUGUAUCAAAUGGCUUGUCCAGAUAAUUUCAAAAGAAAGUGAACUACUUUUUUUUUCUUUUCUUUAUGCGAUGAUAACCCCGGAUGUGAUGAUUUAUUCCAAAGUAAUUUUAAUAUUGAUUAUGAAAAUUAUUUUGGAAACUCAAUUAUAUUUAUAUCUUUUAAAAUUUACUGAUAUAAGUAAUGUAAAAAAAAGACUUACAUGUUAUAUUUUUAAAUAAAUCUAAUAAUGUGAAACAUUGUUUAGAGAAA